AUGACACCGGGACUACAUUAUGUAUAUUCUAAAGUUGAUGAUUGCCCUGUUUUUAAGACAAAUAUAGAAAGUCAGAAAAACGUUGAAAUAGGAGAUAAUGAUCAACAGUGUCAGAUAGAUUUUCUCAUGUCAACAACAAAAUCUAAAAUAACGAACACCAACAGAAAUGAGGAUACCACUCUCUUAACACAAAGAACUGAAACCCAGCGGUCAACAACACAUACCAUUACUGACACCAACAGAAAUGAGGAUACAACCACUUUCCAAACCCCAAGCACUGAAACCAAGAUGUCAACAACAAAAAGUAAAAUAACUAAAACCGACAGAAAUGAGGAUACAACCACUUUCCAAACCCCAAGCACUGAAACCCAGAUGUCAACAACAAAAAGUAAAAUAACUAAAGCAGACAGAAAUGAGGAUACAACCACUUUCCAAACUCCAAGCACUGAAACGUUAACUAAGCCACCAACAACGGAUACAACCACUACCCAAACCCAAAAAUCAGUGCAAGAUGAUCUAAACCACCUUAAAACUUAUUUCUUAUGGAUACUUUUGAUUGUUAUAUAUUGCUCAACCACAAAACAAUCCACAGCCUCAGAUUGUUCAGCCUCAAGACAAUAUACAACCUCAGAAUUCUCAACCCCAUCACAAUCCACAGCCUCAGAUUGCGCAACCUCAAGACAAUAUACAACCUCAGAAUGCUCAACCCCAUCACAAUCCACAACCUCAGAUUGUUCAGCCUCAAGACAAUCAACAACCCCAGAUUGUACAACCUCAAGACAAUCCACAACCUCAGAUUGCACAACCUCAAGACAAUCCACAAUCCCAGAUUGCACAACCUCAAGACAUUCCACAACCCCAGAUUGCUCAACUACAAAACAAUCAACAACCUCAGAUUAUUCAACCACAAGACAAUCUUCAACCGCAGAUUGCUCAACCUCAAGACAAUCCACAACAUCAGGUUCCUCAUCAGAAUGUACAAUUAAUACUACCUCAAAACAUUCGUCCACAGGAAGUGGUACUUAG